UGAUUUUGAUAUUUCCCUUUCGCAUCAGGAUCAUCCAGAAAACAAACACACUUCAGCCCUCACGUUCGCUGCAACUCAUCCCUCCCACCACAUUCGCUUGUGUGUAUCACUCUUAGGAAGCCCUCGUUGGCUCCUUCCGUUCGCUUUUGUGUCGUCCUCACUCAGCCCUAAUUCUCCCAAAAACCUAAAAGGCAAGCCUUCGGAGGAAAUUCCUUUCGCAGCCUUGACUCACAACAUACCUUCGUUGAACAACUUAAACCCACACAAUCGCUACGCAAUCACUACUCUUUGUGUGACGAUUAUAUCAGGCCGGAUUCUCCCUUGAUCUUCCGGAUCCUUAAAGACACACCCAGCUUAUAUGCUUACUUGCUGCUCCAAGUCUGUCCAAGCUCACCUCGACAUCGGAAUACAGUUACGUUGCGUUCAGCCGCUGCGCCUUUAGAUCUGAUUGUUUUGUCAUUCAAGAAGAUAUUGAACCCGGCUGGCUCUUGCAGCCUUACCAUUACACUCGCUUGCAAAACGGUGAAGCUUACAUAUAUCCGGCAGCCUCGGAGACCUUUUAGAUCUCUAGUACCUUCCCCUCUGUUGCCUCUCUCCCGCAACAUAUAAACUUUUUAGCUUUCUAUAUAUCCUAUUGACCUUACCUUUUCAACCUCGUUUCGACGUUGGCUUUCACUCGUUCAAGCCUUCGUCGUCAAUUAUUUACUCGCUUUUUUAACUUUUUUUUCCCCCAAGCCUUAUUCAAAAUGGCCGGACCUGGAGGUGGACCCCCUCGUAGGAGUCAUACCAAAUCGCGAAAGGGUUGUGAAACCUGUAAACGUAGACACAUCCGUUGCGACGAGAACUUUCCUCAAUGUCGAAACUGUACGAAACAUAACUGUCGCUGUCCAUAUAUGGAUAUGCCAGUACAGGAGGAACGAGCUGCCACGCCCGAGAAAGCAGACUUGUUAUGGACCCCGGAGAUUGAAGCAGACAUCGAGCGAUGGCAACAGACCGGGAACUUUCCCUUCCCUGAUCUAUACAUCUAUCCAGCUCCCAACCCGCAGUAUUUCAACUUCGAAGACCUUCGCCUCAUUCAUCAUGUUGCUUCUGUUUCCAGCGAGCUCAGCAUUCACGACGCAGGAAAUUUCACUAUUUGGACUCGACAGAUUCCACUCUUACUUAAGAUUGGCUCGAGCUAUUCUUUCGUCAUGCACGCUUUACUUGCCUUGUCUGCAACUCAUCUAGCUUGGUUGACAGACUGCCCUCUCACAGCAAAUAUGGCAUAUAUUCAUCGUGGCAUUGCUCUCAAAGGCUUGCACGAAGCUAUUGGAGAGUUUUCUCGUCAAAAUUCAGAUGCAGUCUUGGGAGCUUCACUUCUCCUUUCUUGGCAAGCAACGGAAUGGCGUGGUUGGACCCAGCUCAUGCAUGGGACUUCAUCUGUCAUCGACGCUAUGCAACCCUGGAAAAUGGAAUCUCAGUUCGGUGAUUUUAUUGCAGAGCAAAGUACGUUCCCAACCGCACCGCCAUCUCCAGCACCCGGCCAGAAGAAACUCAGUCAACCACGCAAGCAAGAUUUGGAUGCAUUGCAACGCGCCUAUGCUCAACUUCAAAAGGUCGAAGUCCAUUUGAAGAGUCACGGCGAAGACACCAAGGCUAUUCAACAACUCAUGAGUUUUGUUCGAGGUGUCCGAAAGGUAUCUCCAUCCCAUACCGCCGCCCAGCGAUUCGAAAUGCUCAACCCACUUCGAGCUUGGUUAUUCUGGCUACCGGUUAUGUUCUUGCAGCAAACACGCGGAUCGCCUUCAGCGCUAGUCAUCCUUGCUCAUUACUAUACCAUUGCUUUGGUCGUGGAACCUCUAUUCCCUGAGGUCGGAGCAGCAUAUUUUGGCAGUCUUUCUCUGGGACCCAUCGAAGAGAUCGCUCGCCGAUUGUUCUCCAUCAAUGUUUCGCAAACUUCUGAUUCCAACAUGCAAACACCUCUUCAUCUUAUGGAAUACCCCAUAGAUAUGGUUUCAAUGUUUAGAAGUCGUAUGGGUUGGGUUCAGCCUGAACGUACAGCUUCUUUCCCGACAUUUUCACAUCAUAGUUACGGUAUGGAGGACAAUUUUAACACCAUGUCUCCUUACGGAAAUCCAGCUUUCACCUACAGCCAAGAGCAUAUCAUGACUAUGCCGCCAGAUCCGAUCUCUUCUGCAGCCAUUCCGCCAUUAAAUCUCGAUCCAUACGCCAAUCAUUACUUGGGAAUCCCAUCGCCAAGCGGGUAUGGCGGGUACCAUAGUCCGGCAUCUUCGAAUUUUGGGGAGGGUUCAACGGUCUACAGCGAGCAUGGGGAAGAUUUUGCUCUUUAUGAGGGACAGGGCUCCGGCUCCAAUUUCGGCGGGACCACAACAUCAUCUUUUCAAUUCGAGCCCAGGUCAUCUGCGGACCAGAUCAAAGCCGAGAAUUCCGAUCAUAUGCAGCAACACAUGCAGCAUUUACCUCAAUUUCAACCUUAUACCUAUCAUCCUCAGCAUUUACCUCACUCUCAAUACGACAACACUCCGGUGGAUCCCAAGGGAAAAAACCGCGAGCUUUAAUAUCAGAUUAUCCCCGAAUUCCCCUUUUUGAAUAUGCGAAUACGCGCGCACCGUCGAGUUUUUAUGAGAUUACACUUUAUGGAUCUCCUUAAUUAUUGCUUUUAAUAUCUACAUCAUCCUAACGACUCUCCUUUAUAUCCGACCAAUGAUUUACGAAGUUUACGAUUUUCUUUCGCUAUGCAUUCUUGUACGAAUACCAGCACCCACGAUCCUUUAUAUACCAAUACAGCAUCUUGCAUUGGGCGGCGUUUUUGGAUUGGGUUUGAGAAUUGGAGGAAUUAUUGAUUGGGCUGAGCUUUUGGGCUCAAAAAAUAGCCAUAAGUGGCUAUAAAAAUCAGUUGGCGUUACAGUUAAGAAUAGUUGCUAUCUCGUGUGUAGUGCGAACAGGAUUAUAUUUGCAAACGUCUGGGGUUGCAAUGAUAAUGUGUCUAGAUAAUCCAUCAGAUUAAUCUGCCAGGAAAUCAAUCAAUCAAUCAAUCAAUCAAUUAAAUUAACAAA